CAUGUGAACACCUACACUCACAAUUGUACAUGGGCACCCGGCCCAUUCCACCUCUCCAUGUGGACACACAUGUAUGAAGCAGCACAUACUUGGGUGCUUAUGAGUGUCUGGCUCUAAAAUGACACAUUUCUUCUCUGACAUGACUGCCUCUGUUCCCCUUCCCUCCCCCCGACUCCCUCCUCACUCCCCCACAUCCCUGCCCUGAGCAGAUGUCUAUUGUGAAGUGUUCCAGGGGGUUCCAGUUGAAGGACCCAGGGAAUGCUGGAGUUCUGUGCAGGGAGGUGUUGAGAGGUCUGUGUGCAUCUGACUAUUGUGAGCUGUCUUCCCCUAUUGGCUCUGAAAAGCUUGUGCUGAGCUGGGUCUGCAUGACAGGGGGAGGCUCCGUGUCAAUAAAAAGAGGGGGAAACAGGCAUCGGGACUCCAGUUUUGAGGAGGACCUCGCUGUCCAUUUACAGCCUCUGUUGCUGCUGCAGUGAGGAAGGCUGCUCAGGAAGGACAGCUCCUUCCUCUGACCCCCCGGACAAGACCAUAUUGAGGCUGGCAAGAAACCUGCAGGAGUUGGACCUCCUGUAUCAUCAAAAAGCACACCUUCUGCGAGAAGGUGAGAAGCUUCUCGGGAACAAAGAGACACACAAACAGGAGGUGUUUCCAGAACAAAAUGGAAUGGCAGGUCUUGAUUCUGAUUCUUUGCCUCAGCACAUUUCCCUCAGUCUCUGCUGACUGCCCAGCCCAAUGCUCUAUGUGUGCUGUGCAAACUCAAAACUUGGACAAGCCCAUCAACCCACUGACGUGUUUCCUGGAGUGUCAGACCAUCCUGACGUCUAACACGGAAUGGGAGAAGUGUAAGAGCUUUCUGUCACUCUUCACUCCUUUUAUGCUGGGUCUUCGUGGGAAAGAAGAGCUUGGAGAUAUGUCGGUAACCUCUGAAGAGCUGUAUGGUGAGCAGGGGAAGCCCUCCGCGGAGCUCACCAAGACCAUGGAGAAGUUGGCCAAUAUCCUGAUGCAGGAGAACAUCCACGGCCGAGUCCCGAGCCACCCAUAUGGGGACCUCCUCCCCAAGGUGGAUGAACAUGCUAUAUCCGAGCUGAUGGAGGAUUCGCAGCAGUACCACAGAGCCUUGGAGGCUGGAGAGCUGGGCUACCCUAGCGAGGACGCAGCAGCCGCUUGGACCGGCACCCCAAAGGAAGAGAUGAAACGCUACGGAGGCUUCCUGCGCAAGUACCCCAAGAGGAGCUCCGAGGUGGCAGGAGCCGGCGAUGGCCAGGAGCAGGAAGACUUGCACAAGCGCUACGGAGGCUUCAUGAGAAGGAUUCGCCCCAAGCUCAAGUGGGACAAUCAGAAGAGGUACGGAGGCUUUCUUCGGCGGCAGUUCAAAGUGGUGACACGGUCCGAGGAAGACCCCAACGCCUACUCGGGGGAGGUCUCGGGCCUGUAGAGCUUCCCCUCGGCCCAGCAGAAAAAAGCCCUGGAGCUAACCUCCUUCUCCUCUGGACUAAUUACACACCCAUACUUUGUGCUUGGCUGCAUAUUUUAUACAGAAGGAAGAUCCAAGCCUGUGUCAGGGGUACUAGCACGUCCAAGUCCCGCAGUGUCUGGUAGCACCAGGGAGACCAAGUUGGUUUCGAUCCCAUUUUCCAUUCAUUUAUAAUUCUCACUGCAAUAGAACUGAGAUUUCUUCUCCUUGUGGUCCCAAUAUAAACUGACACAGAUCAACAGAUGCACACACACAUACACCCCCCCCCCAAAACAAAACAAAACAAAACAAAAAACAACAACCCAAAAAACACCCAGAUCCUUCCCAAAUCAGUGGAUUUUAAUAUCCUCCCCCUCCCCCCCAGGAAGAUCUUAUGAGUAAUCCCUAGUAUGUCUUCCUCCUGUACAAAACCCAUUAAGCAGACCCAUCUGACAGCACUCUGUCUCUAAAUGCUGCAUCUAUUGGGCCAAAGAGUGUCUGUGUACUACAUUUCAUGGCCCUCUGAGAAAGUUUUCAGGCCUCAGCCUUUGCUGCCCCGAAAUCCUUCUGGGAAAUGUAGUCCAAUAGAAGGGUAAUUGCCUCACCAGGUACUUACUCUUAGAUAUAUAAUUCCUGAAUUCCAGGUAACCAAAGUCCUCUAAAGUCCAGCUUCUUAAAUUGUGGGUUGAAACUCCAUAUGGGUUCCAUAACUGAAGGUGGGGGUUGUGAAAUUAAGAUUUAUUAUCAGUAAAUGUUUGAUUUGUAUACAUAUUUUAUAUACCUAUGUACCUGGAGUCAUGUAAAACUUCUUGGUUGAAAAGGAGUUGCAAGUGGAAAAAGUUGAAGAGGUCCUCCUCUAAGAAAUAUACUUGAAAUACUCUAGAGAAUGUGAGGACCUGUGGUAUUAUCCAUCAUAUAACAAAUAUUUAAGGCCUAAUGUGUGCAGUCUGGUAUAGCUGCUGGAACAAAGGCAGAGUUCAGUAAAUUAAUGUCCCUGUCUUCAACAUAUGAAUUCCUGCUCAGCUCUUUGUUAGUGCUCUUCCAAAGACCUUUCUUAAUUUAUUCUCUAAUAGGAAAAGAAUCUUGAUAUUCUUUGAAUCUUGUAUAGUUCUGUUUGAGAAUACAUACUAGAAUAAUGAGUUCCUUCUCUCCCCCUUCCCUGGCCAAUUAGUAAAGAAAAAGGAUCUUGAAGAAACUACAAUUUUUGUUACCAAUAAUAAUGUUGAUUGAGGGACAUGAAUGAAUCAAGAACAUGUGAAAUAUGCUUCCUUAAAUAUUUAUGUAGAGUUGAAUAUGCAUAGGAAAUUUAUGCUUGGAUCAAGACCCAUUCUGAGUUCCAAAACUUUAAGGGAAAGAUUCAACAAACUUAAAAUGCAAACCUGUUCCCUUGGCCCUCGUUAGUUUAAUUAAAAUGAUCAGCAUCCUUUUCCUACCCGAGAUGAACUGUGGUGGAUUCAGACUGAUGAGGUGAGGAAUGAUCAGCCACUUGAGUCACCAUAUCAGCUGCUGAGAGCCCACACCAUAUGGUCCACCAUAUGGGAUUGACUUGGACUGAGGCCGUCUAGAAGCAACAGAUAGAAAAUGAAAGAAUGCCUUAAUGACCACCCUUUCCAACCAGCAUCUCAAAAACAAACAAAUCUGAUGAUGAAACAAUUCAAAAGUCAAAUUGGCUCCCUAGGCUCCUCAAGAUAUUGGCAGUUGACCUUACAGAGCUAUAGCCUUGAGAACCAUAGAAGGCAGACUGAAUCCUAGAAUCUCAAGGAAGGAAGGAACCAAAGAAAUGAUUUAAUCUAGUUCUUUACCCGAAGCAUAAACUUUCUCUUAUCCUCUUCUGUAAGUGGUCAUCCCCCUUCCAUUUGAACACUUCUGCUGAAAGAAAACUCACCAUCAUCCAAAGUAACCCAUUUCACCAUUAGUCAAUUCUGAAUGCUAGAAAGUCUUAUUUUAAAUCCAAAUUUGCCCUCCAAUAACUUUUCCCCAUUUCUCCCUAAAAUUUCCUCCUGGGUCCAAGGAGAACAAAUCAAAUGCUUCUUUUUCAUGAUAGUCUUUUUGUUAUCUGAGGGCCAGUGUUUUUGGAUUUUGAUGUAUUAUACCAAUUGCAGCCUAGCACAAAUAUUUAUCCACAGUUAUUAAGUCUAUAGUGAUGUUCCAAUUGUACAGAUUGUUUUCUUUCCUUUUAAAAAAUUCAGUUUACAUGACUAAACUGGAGUCUGAUCUGUCUGAAAUGGGACAGUAUCAUACCCUCCUUUCUUUUCUUCUGUAUUAUAAAUAAAAUGAAGAUGCUAAUAA